AGCCGAUUCUCGGGCACUUUCGGAUCGUUCUCGGUGUAGCUCGUAGCUCGUUUUCACGGGAUUCAUUUUGCUGUUGUACGUGGUGAUAAAGACUGUCGCCAAGACGUUUUUAAAAGGCCCGAGGACGCUUGGGCGAGCCAAAAUGACGGCGGUAGCAACGAUACCGUCGUCUCACUCAAUUAUCCAGGUGGUAAAUGAAUCAAAUUUAAAUAAAAUUGAGAGCUUUCUCAACGACACAGCCUAUAGGGAAGCCAUUGAAAAUUCGUCAACGUACAACAGCAGACUAUGCCGAGAACGAAGACUCCGUAUGCCUUUCCUCGACUCCCAAACAGGAGUUGCCCAGAACCAUUCGGCUCUGUUUAUGUGUUCAAGAGAACGUAUGCCUGGUCUAUUACACGGUCAAAUAUACACAUAUCCUAGUAAAAGAUGGAGAAAAAAACGACGCCAGUACCUGAUGCAUUAUUUGCACCCAAAAAGAGGAGUUAGAGGUGAUCUAGAUGACGGUAUUGAGGGAGCUGAUGGAAUAAUGGCGGGUAUUAAUGAUGAUUCCAAAGAAUCUGCUGCUCUUAAAGACGAGCACAGUAAAGAUGGCUGGUACUACGAUGAGCAAGAUAUGAUCGAUAUCGACGCCUUCGACGAACCAGACCAAGACAGUGAUUACGACUACGAGGAGAGUUACAGCAGCAAAAGGAAACGAAGAAGACAUCGGGGAAGCGGACACCAUCCGGCGAGAAGUCAUCCGCCUGCCACCGACAGCCCUGGGACCAAAAGAACGAAAGGUGGCGGACGUGGACGGAAAAAAGCCAACUACGAUGUCACUGAUUCCGACAAGCCAUUCGUUUGUGACCUAUGCAGCGCACGGUAUAAAACCAGACCUGGUCUGGUCUACCAUUACGGUCAUUCCCACUCUACUUCCUCUGGUGAUCCUGCUAAGGAACUAAGUCCCAGUCCUGCCGAAGUCGAAUCACGGAGCGUUGCAGACACCGCUGCUUCGGACCAGCCAGGUGGUACACGUCGGGGUCGACAGAGCACAACUGCCUCGUCGAGUACCUCGAGUCCCUCCCCUGUGGCAAGUACGACCCCGGCUGCCGGGGCACCGCCUCAGCCGCAGCAGCAGCAGCAACAGCUGCCGCCAGCGGUUCAGACGAGUGCCGCUCCAGCCUCACCUACUGUCUCAGCUCCUAAGGAUGAUCAACAGCAGCCCCAGCAGAUGCCUGUACCCUCACCCGGUACCGUUGCUUCAUCACCCUCAUCACUGAGGCCCGACAUCAACGUCCCUGGCAUUGGUACCGGUGGUCCUGCCGCUGGAAUUGGACUCAUCGGUGGUGCCGGCGGCGGUACCCCAACUCUCGGUGGUAAUCAUCCAGCAGCUGGACAAGUUCACGACAAGAAGUCCGGGAAAGCCGCCCAGCCAUCUCCCUACUGCGAUUUCUGUCUUGGCGAUGCGAGGGAAAAUAAAAAAACCGGCGGUUCCGAGGAGUUGGUCUCUUGCAGUGAUUGCGGUCGUUCAGGACAUCCAACGUGUUUGCAAUUUACUGCAAAUAUGAUUGUGUCUGUACGUAAGUACAGGUGGCAGUGUAUCGAGUGCAAAUGUUGCUCCAUUUGUGGUACUUCAGACAACGAUGACCAGUUGCUGUUUUGCGAUGACUGUGAUCGUGGGUAUCACAUGUACUGUCUGUCUCCACCUCUUGCAUCUCCACCGGAAGGUUCCUGGUCGUGUCGGCUGUGUUUAGCCGAAUUUCAUCGGCGAGAUUGAAUGCCGCACUUAUUACCCAACAACAAAAAUAAAUAAUUAAAAAAAUAAUUAAAAAAAGUCACGUAGGUGCUGAUGAUGGCCAUACUCAUGAACGCGCGUUGAUACUCGAGUAAAUCCUGUGGCAGCUGUUUUCGUCGCACAAGGGCCUCGCUCUCUUCUUUCCGUCUGCGGAAGAUCGGGUACCGUGGAAAGAAAGAGCAUUUUUUUUUUUAAUUAAUACCAUUAAUUUUUCCUGCUACUACUUUACACAUCUAUUAACAGUAUAAUUAUUUAAAAUCGCUAAUUUCAUAAUAUAACGUGCGUUCAUUUUUUAUUUUGAUAACUUUUUUUUAACACUCGAUUUUUACCAUAAACUUUUAACACUUUUUUUUAUUUUCUUAAUAAUAAUAAUUAUUAUUAUUAAUUUUAAUGUAAUAUUUCUAUGAGAGAAUUAAUGAAUGGAAAAAAAAAUAAAACAAAGUUCAAUCAGUUUCACACUCUCGUUAAUUUAUAAUUACGUCUCAGGCGAUGGUGAUCUCACAAUUAAUAAUUAAUCUAUGUAUCUAAUUAAUCUUGAUAUUGUAAAGUUUUAUAAAUGAAUGCUACUCAGAGUUCGGAUUAAUCCAUUCAAAUAAGUCGAUAAUUAAUUAAUUAAUAAAUAAUUAAAAAAGAAAGUGUCCAUAAAAAUUUAAAUCAAGUAUUUGAAAGUCUUUGAUUGAUCAAUAGCCAAAACUUACUAGAUUUUUUUUUUUUUUUUUUUUUUUUUUAAACGUAAUAAUGUAGCCAGAGAUGGAGACUGAUUCGCAAAUCAAUCGAAACCGUUGUAACGUCUUUCAAGAUUUGUCGUGACAUAAUAUAUGUAAUAAUAAUAAUAAUUAAAAUAUGUAUUUGAAAUUUUAAAAAAAUUAAUGUCAAGUAAUUAUUAAAAUUAUGGUCUAAAAAAAAAUAUGGACAAUAUAGUGAAACUGAAAAUAGAUUAUUGUAUUAUAGAUACGACAAUACCUUCUAGUUAAAAAAAAAAUAAUAAUAAUAAUUAAAUCAGAUUACAAUUAAUUUAUUAUUAAUGAGUGUGAAUGUAGCAGACAUCUGACAGCUUAUAAAUUUUAAAUAAAUAAAUAAAGAAAUUUAAAAAAGUGCGCGCACUAAUUUUUCAAAUAUUUAAAUUUUAAUUCUACUCAUUUUAUUUAUUUAUUUAAAAAUUUAAAAAAUCGUCACUUGUCAGUUUCAUUAAAACUCAUUAUUAUUAUUGCUUUGAAUAAUUAAAUUAACGCAGAUUGUAUUUUUUUUUUAAAUUAUUUUUUUAUCUAUGACAGUUUUAAAUUGUAAUGAGAGUAAAUUUACAAUAACUGUCAUUAUUUAAAUAAAUAAAAAGAGAAAUUAUUAAAGUAAGAAUUAAAUUUAAAAAAAAAAACAAAGCAUAAUAAUGAAUAAUUAUUGUCUUAAUUAAUUAAAAAAUAAUGAGCCAAAAUAGAAGGUUGUCUUAAUCUGUAUAAUCAUGAUACUCAAGCUUAUUAAAAUUUAAAAAUAAAAUAAAAAAUUAACUUGGAGAAUUGUGCAGCUCGAUGGCGC